GGUUAGUCUGCCGUCUCAUUCAACUCUCGCUGGACCGUAAUGCCUUACGCGUUUUUGUCUUAAUAGUUUCUUCUUUUUUUCUUCUAUUUCUUCCCAACUCGACCCCGGCACCUUUUCUUCUGAAAACGACCGAUGAAGGAUUUCAGCCGAUACGAACCAACGCUGUGCGGAUAUUUCAAAUUGCAGCUAAUGAUGAGCCCUUGAAUGAUAGUUAAGAUGGACUACUUCAUUUUUUCACCAUCCAUUUAAGGAUAAUAACAGCAGGACACCAUAAUGGAAGAAUGGAGACUGUUAGAUGAUUUACUAGAGUGUUCCGUCUGUUUGGAACGCUUAGAUACUUCCAGUAAAGUACUCCCAUGCCAGCAUACAUUUUGCAAAAAGUGUCUCGAAGAAAUUUUCAAAACUCAACAUGAGUUGCGAUGUCCUGAGUGUAGAACCUUGGUGGAAAUCAAAAUCGACGAUUUACCGCCGAACGUUCUUUUGGUCCGAAUUUUGGAAGGUAUACGAAAUGCUCCAGACCACUCUGGAAGUAGCAGUAAGAAACGGAACCAAGGGACGAGGAAAAGAGAAACAAAAAAAACUAUACACGAUCCAGCCCAACAACCACUGUCUCAGCAGCAAACUCAACCCCAAACUCAGCAAGCAACACAACCACCACAGUACCAUCUUCCUUGUGCUAGGGCAAUUUAUGAUUACACUCCAAAAGAACCUGGGGAUUUGACAUUUGAAAAAGGUGAUUUCAUUUUAUUAAAGCAAAUGCUAAACAAUAACUGGUACCAUGGUGAAGCAAAUGGAAAAGUUGGAACAUUCCCUAUUAGUUAUGUUCAGAUAAUUUGUCCACUGCCUAAUCAACAAACACAAGGAACACAACCACUGCAAUACCAUCUUCCUUGUGCUAGGGCUAUUUAUGACUACACGUCAAAAGAACCUGGGGAUUUAACAUUUCAAAAGGGUGAUUUCAUUUUAUUAAAACACAUGAUAAACAAUAACUGGUGCCAUGGGGAAGCGAAUGGAAAAAUUGGAACGUUUCCUAUUAGCUAUGUCCAGGUGAUUUGUUCACUCCCCACUCAAAAUCCUAAUCAACAACAGCAAUCGCAAACACAGCCACCACCACAUCUUCCAUGUGCUAGGGCCCUUUAUGAUUAUUCAUCAAAAGAACCUGGGGAUUUGUCAUUUGAAAAAGGUGAUUUUAUUAUAUUAAAACAAAUGAUAGACAAUAAUUGGUAUCAGGGAGAAGCAAAUGGAAAAAUUGGAAAAUUUCCUAUGAACUAUGUCCAGGUGAUUUAUUCCCUUUCUCCUCCAAUACCACAGUGCAAAGCGCUAUAUGACUUCAAAAUGGGUAAUGAUGAUGAAGAAGGAUGUUUAGCAUUUAAUAAGGGUGAUAUAAUUAAAGUGUAUCGUCGUGUAGAUGAAAAUUGGGCCGAAGGAGCACUCGGAUCCCGUAUCGGAAUCUUUCCUUUGGCUUUUGUAGAAUUAAAUGCGUUAGCUCAAAUUGUAGUAAAAACUCCGAAAGAAAAAGGUGUACACUUAAGUCACUAUCGAAAAGUACCUGCCCAGCCAUCAGAGGGAAACAGUUUAACCCCACCAAUACCCGCUCAGCAAACAAUUACUGCCAACGAAGCUAUGUAUUCUUCUAUUUCAUCAUAUCAAGCAGAUACAUCUGGCCUUCUUUCAGUUUCUGAUUCAAGUGCAGCCAAUUUAACUUCCCCUCCGAUUACAACGUCCAGUUCGAAUUCAGUCCCCACCACAUCGACAUCUUCAAGUUCCCACAGCUCUCCAAUAUCUCCUCCUCAUGUUUCAAAUUUAGUCGCUGCCGGCCCCAAUAAACGACAUUCGUUCGGUUCUUCUGUGCAAAAUGAAACACCAGGAAAAUCUAAAAGGCAUUCGGCAGAAAUAUUAAAUCCACCUGAAAGUUCGCAGCCACAGAGUUUACCACCUGAAAAUACUGGAAAAGCUAGCAAUUCUAAGGUUGAAUUAGAGCGACAGGGAAGUCAAAGAAGAAAUACAGAUCACGUGCCAUCUCCACCACCUCUGCCACCUCCACCGCCACCACCUCCUCCACCCAUUCAAGGACUUCAAAUCCAUCAAUACCCGAUGGAUUUACUUGCUACUUAUGUAGCAUUGUAUCCUUAUAAGCCACAAAAAGGUGAUGAACUAGAACUGAAACGAGGUGAUCGAUAUAUAGUUACGGAACGCUGCCAAGAUGGUUGGUUUAAAGGAACAAGUGCUGUUAGUUCCAAAUCUGGUGUUUUCCCUGGCAAUUAUGUGGCACCCCUUGGAAGUACACAUGCUACGAGACCUCAGAUUCCUGGACUUUACCGUAUUGCUAAAAAUUCGAGCCCAAGUUCAGCAAAUAACGGAGUACCUCCUAUUGAACGGCCCACCAUUUGUAGUAAACUUCUUCAAGGAGGAAACCAAAAAUCCCUUGAAGGCGGUGAAAUGACAAGAACCUCUCCUCAAGUUGAAGAACAGUCAUCAACCGUUGUGCCGCCACCAAACGUAUCUGUUCAGGCAGUACUCAACAAGGCUAAUGAAAAGGUAAAAGAAAAAAAAGAGAAGGGAGUUGGCCUUAUGCGUAGACUUGCAAGCAUGAAGAAAUCGAAAUCACCACCACCAACUCCUUAUUCCAUGGACAAUCCGGUGUUUGAGGAUUCAUCAAUGCUCCUUUCACAGCCUAUUCACAUAAGGUCUGGAUCCUGCCCUAACCAACUUCUUGGUACAAACAGCACAAGUGAUUCACCAGCAAUAAACUACCCUAGGAUUUUGAGCCAGUCUAAUCGUUCUAAGCAUAUAGAAAGGCCUUCUAUUAGUAGAAUUUCUCCUAGGACGUUUACUAAUGAAUCAAGUGUUUCCGUUCAGCAUAGAAAGUCUCAUUCAAUGGACACCAACUCGAGCACAUCACACGAUGUCAGCCCUCAAAUUCCAAACCAGUAUUUUAAGCCCCUCCUAACCAAUGAUGUUCCUAGUACUUCUACUUCGCAGUGCGCCCCAAGUGCAUUACAAAACAAAUUACCUCCGGGAGCACCGGACUUAAAGCCAAGAAAAGUCCUUUCUUCGGUGGAAAAUCCAACUUCAAUCCCUGUGCCGCCUGCAGGUGAUAACCCGUUACCAGAAUGUCACACGCAAGAUGACAAAAGGAAAUCUGACAUUCAGUUAAUUAAAAUUGAAGAUGCAAAAUCAGCAGAUAAUAAACACCCAAAAGUUUAUGAGCUGUUAUCACAGGUGAUGAGUCAUUCUUUUCCUGUGCCGUCUCCUCGAAAAGUGCCUGAAAAAACAUCCCAAUUGAAGCCUCAGCCAAGUGAUUCCUCGGGCAAAAAUUAUGCAAGGCAAUGCGCUAUUGCAAAACGGAUUCUUUCAAAUACAUGGAAUUCACAUGAACGUAUGCCAUCACCGCCCAAAACCUUACCAAAAGAGCGAGUUCGUUGCAUUGUGCCAUAUCCCCCAAAUAGUGAAUUUGAGUUGGAAUUGGAACUUGGCGAUGUGAUAUAUGUUCACAAGAAAAGAGAAGACGGAUGGUACAAGGGGACACAAGAACGCACCGGGCGCACUGGAUUAUUUCCCGCAAGUUUUGUUCAGAGCUUCUGAGACCCACUUCAUACCCUUCUUGAAACCUCGAUUUAGUAGGAAGAAGGGUAUCUAUUGUAGGGUAAAAUGUUAUUUAAAAAAUUUAAAAAAAAAAGAAAGUUACUUUUUUUGCAA